AUUUCAUUGAAGAUCGCAUUAAUACGGUAUUUCAUCUUAUGGUGACGAUCUUAAAUAAAUUUUUAAAACAAAAUAUCCACAUUUUAUUUGAAAUUUGAAAAAAUGCAAAGUAAUCACGAAGCAUUUCUUAAUUUAGCAAAGAAAAUUUCUUUGGCUCAUAUGAAACAAUAUGGAAAUACUUGGAAGUUAUACGAUAAAAAUGCAAAAUUUUAUUGCACACUUGAACCGGAAAUUUUCAAUGAAGUUACUGAAUAUGGAGGAAUAACACCGUAUAUGAUUAUAUAUCCUGUAUUAUUGCAAGUUUAUAGUGAAGAUGACCAGAUUUUUGAUAAAAUAUAUUUAUUACCGAUAUUUUGUGUUAGAAAAGCUGAUAAAAUCAAAGAAUUUAAAUUUUUUGAUUUAACAGGACAAGUAUACAAUGAUGUACAAGAUUUUAUUGAAAAUAAUCAUAUGCUACCUGGAAAAAUCGCUUUUCCAAAAGAUUUUCAUUAUGAAUAUGAUACAGAAAACGAUGAAAUAUUAAUUGAAUGGGUUCAUAUCGAUACAGAAAAGAAAUUAGAUGACAUGAAUGCAAAACGUCAUAGUAAUUGGUUUAAUUUAAUUGGAACUGCUGGAAUAACAGCUGCUUCAAUAUUUGCUUUAACAUGUUCUGGUGCUUUACCAGCUUUUGGAGUAAUUUUAAGUGCAACAUUACUUUAUGGUGAUGAUGUAAAAUGUGAUCCAUUAGAAAAUGAUCCGAUUUUAAAAGAAGGAGAGAAUUCAGUUAAAUUAUUUGAAGAUUACCAUGUUUUAUUACCAAAAUCUUAUGAAAUAUCAAAAUGUACGGAAAUGCCAAAUUUAAAUAUUCAGCGAAAAAUUAUAAUAAUAGCUGGACAUUUUCUCAAUGCAGCCAAAGAUGAAAUACAAAAUACAGAAAAAUUAUUUCAAGCUAUUAAUAAAGAGUUCGGAUUUGAAAAAGAGAAGUGGCAGGUUUUUUGUGGGAACGAUUUAUGCUUAUAUGACAUUAACCCAAAACCAAAACAUUUUAUGAACGUGAACAUUCAUGGAUAUGAUUUUGUUAUAUUUGUUCCAGCUAUCAGCAUCCCAAAUAAAUUCAACGAAGCAUUCUAUAACAAUAUUGAAAAGCAAUUUUUAAUUAAAAACUAUACAGAACUUAAAAAGAAUAAAAAUAUAACAAAAAUGAUGGAGAAUAUAGCUUUAAGGUUAUGUACAAAUAAUAAGCAACCCAAAGAAAUCAUUCAUUGUAUGCAGGAUAUUUUUGGAGGAAAUUGGAAUUGUUUUAUAUUUUACGGAAAUCACUCAUAUUAUUUUACAUUUAAUGCUUAUAUUACAUUGAAAUCAAAUUCUAAGUCGUAUUGCUUAUUUUAUUGAUAACAUAUAUUAUUUAAAUAAAAAUAUACAAUACAUAUGUAUGCAUGUUUACGUUAUACUACA